ACAAUCACCUUCAGAAUAUACAUUUCAGGCAGAAUUGUAUGCUUGUAUGCGGAGCUUGAUUCCUCAUGAAACGGUUGAAGAGAAACAACAUUACAACAUUUAUUUCGAAGCAAAAAAGGCCAAACAAUUAGAUUUGAUGGUCAGCGACCAUUAUAAGUUUGGAUAUGAAACAAAAGUCAACAAAUUAUACUCCGGACAUAUACUCGAAGCCGUGCAGCAGGCAGAGGUUUACUGUGUAAAUAUGGAAAUCAAUGACAUGUGGAUGAUCAACUUUGUCCCUAAUGGUCACAAAAUGGACGAAUCGUUGAAAGUCAAAUAUCCCUUGCAAAGUUAUCCCAAUGUGAAUGUUGCUCACAUUUUUCACAAUUCAUUAUGCAAUGAAUUUACCAUCAACUAUCUUGACAUAGACAGUGGAAACGAAAAGCAAACGGUCAUUAAGUCUGCUUAA